AUGCGUUGGGACUUGAUACAGGCUCUUGCUCUCAUACAGUUGGCCUCUGCAGGUCCUGUUGAGAAAAGAGAUACUGUUACGGCUCAGGUGAACUUUAACAAUAAUACCGGUACUCCGCAACAUCUGGCAUCGGGACUCUUGUAUGGUGUCCCCGAUACUCUGAACCAGAUUCCGUCGCAUUUCUACCAGAAUAUCGGGUAUAACUAUGAACGUGCAGGAGGCGCACAAGUCGCUGCCCCCGGCCGUGGCUGGAUCUGGGGUUUGACUGAGUAUAAAAAGCGUUUCCAGUCAGCUCUUUCAAAUUACAAGACUGCUCGUGAAUAUGGUGCAACCUUCAUUUUCCUUAUUCACGAUCUGUGGGGCGCCGAUGGAUCCCAGAAUUCCACUGCUCCGUACCCCGGUGAUAACGGAGACUGGUCUAGUUGGGAUGCAUAUCUCACUCAGCUCUUCUCCGACAUCAAGGCCAAUAGCAUGACUAGUGGGCUUGUCAUUGAUAUCUGGAAUGAGCCUGACCUCACGGUGUUCUGGAAUCGCGAUCAAAGCCAGUAUCUGCAAAUGUGGGGCAGAACAUGGCACAAGUUCAGGGCUGAGUUCGGUACUGCUGUAGCACUCUCCGGCCCAGCCAGCGCCGGUGAACCACUGUCCACCAAUACCUGGUGGAAAGCAUGGGCAUCCUUCGUCGCCAGCAACCAGUCCGUUCCAGACCAGUAUGCUUGGCACAUGGAAGGAGGAGGCGGAGACCUUCUUUCAGCUAACGCAGGACUCGAUCACUGGCUCGCGACAUACAAUCUCCCCUCGAAGACGAUCAACAUCAACGAAUACGCCGUGUACAACGAACAAGUCCCCGCCGGUUCUGCCUGGUGGAUCGGCCAGUUAGAACGCAUCAAUGCACACGGUCUGCGCGGGAACUGGCUCAGCGGCACCAAUCUUCGCGACUACAUGGCCUCUCUCCUAGGCAAAUCUGGAUCAACCUACUACCCCAACGGCGACUAUCAGGUGUACAAGUAUUACUACCAGAACAUGACUGGCCACCGGGUCGGAACGCUGCCUUCUUCGGACCUGAAGCUUGAAGCGUACUCAACUGUUGGCACAGAUUACGCUCGCGUGCUAGUUGGUGUUCGAAUUGCAACUGGUACCUGGGAGUUGAAGUUGAACUCGCUAUCGUCUCUUGGAUUGCCGACAAGCGGGACGCUGAAUGUACAUACCUGGGGAUUCCCGGUGGCAUCAGAUGUGCACUAUGGAGAGGUGGAUGCGCCGACUGAUUUGGGUUGGUACGGUCAUGCUUAUUCGGGGGAUACUGUUAACUUCCCUGUUUAUCAGACAGACAAGGUAACGGCGUAUGCAUUUGAGUUUGCUAUCUAG